AUGUUGCGGAAACACCGCAAUAAGCGGCACCUUGCGGCGUCGUCGCAACUGCAGCGACGAGCUGCUCGUAGCUUCAUCGACGGUGCCAACAGCGGCUUCACCGUUGCAUCUACAGUGACGAUGCGCUGCAGCCCGAGCAUGUCGCCGGUGGAUUGUGUAUCAACAGCUCGAAUUAUUUCAUUGAGAAUUGAUCUUAAAUUUUUGACAAUGUUUCCAUUUGAUUCGUCGAAGAAAUUGUCGUUUUCACGCUACAUAAGUGAUGGCGAUUUGGUAAUAUUAUAUGAGAGACAUGAUAACAUGAAGGCUGUAAAAGUUUCAGAAAGCGGGGUUCUGCAAAAUCGUUUCGGUGUAUUUAAGCAUUCAGAAUGGAUUGGGAAACCAUUUGGUUCCAAAGUGUUUAGUAAUAAGGGUGGAUUUGUGUACUUGUUGGCCCCAACUGCUGAGCUAUGGACUCUGGUUCUAAGCCACAGAACCCAAAUUUUAUAUAUUGCCGAUAUUAGUUUUGUUGUCAUGUACCUGGAGAUAGUUCCAGGUUGCCUGGUUCUCGAGUCGGGUACUGGAAGUGGAUCCUUGACUACGUCGCUUGCUCGAGCUAUUGCUCCCAAUGGACAUGUUUACACUUUUGAUUUUCAUGAACAAAGGGCUGCCUCGGCUAGGGAAGAUUUUGAAAGGACGGGAUUGAGUAGUUUGGUGACUGUGGGGGUGAGAGAUAUACAGGGCGAGGGUUUUCCAGAUGAAUUUUUAGGGCGGGCAGAUUCAGUUUUCCUUGACCUCCCUCAACCUUGGUUGGCUAUUCCUUCCGCUUCCAAAAUGUUGAAACAAGAUGGGGUGCUGUGCUCCUUCUCACCCUGUAUUGAGCAAGUACAGAAAUCAUGUGAAACACUUAGAUCUGAUUUCACCGAUAUAAGAACAUUUGAAGUGCUUCUGCACACAUAUGAAGUUCGAGAAGGGAACGUGUGGAGCUGGCAAGAUGAUGACGGUAGUUCCAUGUCUCUUAAGAGCUGCAAGAAGAGACAACGCUCCACAAAUGAGCCCGAAAAUGCCAGUUCUCUGACAAUCAUGGCGAGGCGCAAUGGCGAAUCUAGAGAACAGAAAGAUAUCAAGAACUGCCUCUUGCAUAAAGUAAUGGUUGAGAACCCUCGUGGCACGUUAGAUCAUGUACACGUGUCUAACACAUUCGCAAGGUUUUUACACAGUCAAGCAACUGUUCUAUACUGA